AUGAACAAAAUGCUGGCGCUGAUGGUGAAGGAGGGGAACCUAAAGGAGGUGAAGAAGCUGUUCCCCAAGAAGAGCAACUCGAAAUCGAGGCCGGGUGAGUGGACGGCCGAGCAGGCGACGGAGACGGUAGACCGUCGCGGCCAGAACAUCCUUCAUCUGGCCGUGGAGGCCAAUCAGAUGGAGAUCGUGCGAUUCCUGAUCGAGGGUCAGAGCAUGGGCCACAACACGGUCGAUAAGAGCGGGUGGACGCCGCUGCACAUCGCCUGCGCCGCGGGCAAUCUCGAGAUGAUUGAGUACCUGGUGCUGCGCGUGGGCGUCGACGUCAACCUGGUCUCGGUCGACCAGUCCACCCCGCUACACUACUUUGUGCGUCAUGUGCCGCCGCCGCAGAUCGAGGCCGGCUCGUCCAGCACGCUCAGGCGCCACAACGUUCACGACCGCAGCGAGGCCCGCAAGUCCCUGUUCGGCCUGCGGCGUCUGCGGUCCGAGGAGGAUCUCAUGGGCGGCAACGGCAGCCAGAGCGACACCUACUUCCGCGUACUUGGCGCGCUGCUGCACCAGAAAGGCCGCGAGUCGCUCAUCAACGCCAAGAACAAGAACGGCGACACGCCGCUGCACACCGCCGCCACUCGAGGCAGCCCCCACGUGCUCACCUUCCUCAUCCAGCGCAACGCCAACAUCAACGCACUCAACAAUUAUGGUGAAACUGCACUGCACAUGGCGGUGCGAGCGGGCAUGGAGCAGGUGGUGAGUCUGCUGCUCGAAGCUGGCAUCGACUCAUCCAUCGCCGCGCCCAAAACCGGCACGGCGCGCGACAUCGCCGCGGGACAGGAGGCUAAGCACAUCGUAGAGCUGCUCGACGCCCGCGCCGCCGCCGUGGGCCGGCCGGUCGUCACCACCUUCGCCACGGCCAAGGGCGAGUCGGGCGCGUCUCCAAAGGCCCAGGAGAAGGGCGAAACGGCGGGCACGCCCCGAGCCGAGAAGGAGGAGAGCGUGCGGGUGCGCAACCCCACGUUCUCGCUCACCCUGCCGAGAAACCUGCACCACAAAGUUGGGGAGACGAGCAUGAAUCGCUACAAGCGGUCGUCCGUGGUGGAUCGCCGAGUCGUGGAGCAGACCCCGGCACGGCGAUUCGUCGUCCUCACAACCCCCGACACCCACACUGCUAGAAACCUCGUCCGCUACUCCUCAUCGUGCCUGCAGCACACUCGCUCGGCCCCCAAGGCGCCGCUGUUCACGCGGCAUCCACACAGCGAGGACGCCGCAAAGCAUUCACCUAUGGUGUUCGAGAAGUGCCUGGUGCAGCCCGCCAACGCCACCGAGGCCACGAGCGCCAAGAAGGCCGACUCCUUAUCGCGCCUCUUUGCCAUGAUGCAACCCUCCAGCGACAAAGACAAGGAGGGACCGACCACAGAUAAGCCCAUCCUGCCCGAGCCAGACCUGGAUCAGGAGCGGUUCCAGGCGCGCAGGGAGGAGCUGAUCCUACGCCUGCGCAAGCGGGCAUUCGCGCUGAGCGAGAUGGACAUCGAGAUGUCGCGGAGGGCCAGCUUCCGCGCUCGGUCCAACACCUACUUUAGCAGACAUCGGGGCGACUCGAUAGUGGGUGCUGUGGCGUCGCCCCUGAAUUCGCCCGGACCCCCGGCGGUGAAGGCGACCGUCAACACACGCCGAAUGAAGCCCGAGCGUCCCCCUUCACUACAGUUCAAUCCCAACGGCUCGGGCUCGUUCAUCGGUCUCCGCGGUACCUUCGUGGGCCGAAGAAAAAGGAGCGCGUCGGAUCUGGAGAAGCCCACGCCUCAGCUGUUCAACCUGGCGCUGGUGCGUAGCGACGGGAGCGACGACGACGAAGACGAGGAGGGCAGCGGCGACGAGGAAGAGCUGUGCGAGGGGUGGCUGUACGAUGAAACUGGCGACGAGGACAAGGGGUACAUCAGCUGCAUGGCCGAAGCUAGGCGGGAGCUGGCCAUCUACGAGCAGGAGCUCAAAGAGUGCGAAGACGGCGAGGGGAAGAGGGAGGCGCUUCCGCUGGGCCACGCCGCGCGGAAAGGGAUCAAGCGUUUGCUUGAACGGCGGAGCAUGGACUUCAGCUCUUCCCCGCGCAAGAGUCGCGGCACCGAGGCCGUUCUUAUCGGCUCAGCGCCUCAGAAGAGCGCACGCAACACGGACUGGUCGACGUCCUUCGCACGGGUGCUGGACUCGCUGCGAUGUAGCGAUGUGGGAGAGGACAGCGAGGACAUGGUGAUCGCCUACUCGUCGCUGGUACAGCUGGUCACCGAUUUCACGAGCACCGUGCGCCCGUUUGCCAAGGCCAUCAUUUCGGAGCUCUGCUUCCCGGCCUCGCAAAAGACCAUCAGACCACUGUCCACCUGUGGGGUUGAGGAGUUCGUGGCGCAGGACAUCCACUUUCGAGUGGCCAACAACAGCUCCAAUCUAUUCCCGUCCACUGAGGGCGCGUCGAAGGCGAUGAGCCACGACAUGCAGGCCCUCAUGCACAUGGUGGCGUGCGUGAUCGAGGAAAAGAUCCGGGACGUCUACUUCCCCCUGACCUGCACCGUCGACUUUCGCGGAUUCCGCAUUUAUGCCACGUCAUGCCCGCCCGGCAAGGGCGAUGUAGUGCACGGAGACAGCGGAGGUGGCGGCGCCGAGGCGGUGAAAUGGAACCGCACGGUGCACAAGAAGCUGAAGAAGAUCUGCCGGAGGCUGAACCUGCAGUCCUACUCGGCGGGCUGGGCCAAGUUCUACACGCCCACCGACCUCAUCGCCACCCGUGAAUGGGAUGGACGCCUGUACCUGGCCAAUUUUGGGCGCCUGUUUCCCUGCGAGCAGCCGCCACCAGAUGUCAAAGGUGCGCAUCUGGUGCGGCUGUUGCGACCCGAGUUUGUGAUCAAGUACCCGCGCGCCCUCUGCUCGGAGGCCUACAACCCGGCCAAGACCACCGCAGCCAGCGAGCACGAGGAGCAGAUCGACGAGGCCACCACCUACCUCAAAACCGUGCUGGUGCCCGACUUUGCGCGCGAGAUGGACGGGUGGGAUGUGUCCCUCUACAGCUCGCAGUUCCUCACCUCGACCCUCCACUCCCGCGGCAUCAACCUGCGCUACCUGGGCCUCGUGCGCCAUCACUCCACAUCGGUGGCCUGGCGUUGGUAUUUGAUGAUCGAGAUGGUGUCCCGAGUGACCAAGUACCUGCUGCGGGCGGCGAUGCGCUACCAUGUCCGCAAGCACGCCACCGAGAACGCACCCGGCGAGUCGCAGCUCGUUUCCUCCAUGGUGGAUAUCUUGAACCUCACGCUGGGCGUGGGCGAAGACGCGGAGAUGUUUUGGAAGGACGACAUGCAGCCCCUCCUGGAGAGCAAGUUCGAGGGCUGCAUCACGGGCGCCACUCCGGCCUUCAAUCUCCGGCACUACGUGGUGACCCCGCACGCCGACGUGAAGGGUGAAACGGACGGCCGUCUCUGGAUCUACCAACACAUCAACGAAUCUGUCGGGCUGCGAUGGGUGAAGGCGUCGAAGAAGCUGUUUCAAGGCAACCCGCGAGCAUUCGAUGCCGACUACCCGCUGGACGACGCUGACUUCUCUCGGCUCGUCGAUCGCAUCGAAUCCACUCCCCUCUCCCUCUACGCUCAAGGCUACCUCAUGUACAGAAAGGCGGCGUUCAAGGCCGAGGAGAAGCAGGACAAGGAGGCUCGUCACUUCUACAUCCUCGCCGUCGACUACUUCAAGAGGGCGCUGCGGCAAGGCUACGGCUCGGCCAACCUCUACACACUUCUGGCCGACAGCCACGUCGCUCUUACUCAACUCGAGAAGGCGGACAUGUACUAUGAGAGCGCCGUGGCGGUGAGCAAGCAGGACCCGCAGAUCCUGCUCAAGUACGCCAUCUUCCUGGAGAAGUGCAAUCUUUUCGAACAGGCCGAGGACACCUAUCUCCUCGCGCUGUCGAAGGACAGGGAUCCUCAGUCCCGGAUACUGUGUACAUACGCGGAUUUCCUGUUCACGCACCUGCACGCCUACGUCGACGCCCACCACCUCUACCUCGCCGCCAUCAAGACCCUCAACCCUCUCUCCUCCGCCUGCAACAACUACGCCUGCAUGUCCCUCAAAAUGGCGAACGAGCUGUUGAUGAGCGAGCAGCCGGGAGAGGGGAUGAAGCAGAAGCGGGAGGAGCUGGUGGAGCGGGCGCGGGUGUACUUCGAGCUGGCCCUCCGGCGCGACCCCAAGCACCCGCAGCACCUCCGCAAUUUUGGUCUCUUCCUCAAGCAGCACUUCAGCAACGAGUACACCGUGUGCAUCUCCGGCCGCUUCAUGACGGCGGACGAGUUGAUGGGCCGGGCGGGGCAGGAGGAGAAAGAGCGCGAGCAGCGCGCCAAGGAAGGCCUUCCGUAG